AUGAGAAUUCCGCAGUUUGGAUUUGGCACAUAUAAAAUAACAGAAGCUUCUGAAGUUUUGUCGGUUUUGGAUGAUGCAUUAAAAGCUGGAUAUCGACUUUUUGACACGGCAAAAGUUUAUAACAAUGAAAAAGAAAUCGGAAGCGCGCUUAAGGUAACAAACAUCUAAUUUUUGAAACCAAUUAUUUUAAUAUUCAGAUUCUUCUUCCAAAACACAAUCUCACACGAGAAGAUAUUACAAUUAUUUCCAAACUUCAUCCGACUGCUCAGAAUACUUUUGAUGAAACAAUUCGAAGAGUUUAUGAAUCACUAGAUCUACUUCAAACGGAGUAAGUCCCUUUCCCUUACAUAGUUUUUUUCAAAUUCACAUUUUUAUUCUUCAGCUACAUUGACAUUUACCUCAUUCAUUAUCCAAAGCCGAAUGAAUGUCAAAAUGAAGAUGAAAACAAUGCCGAAUAUCGUCGUUUGACAUAUUGUGCACUUGAAAAAUGUUUGGGUUCGUUUUCACCUCAAAAAAACAGGUUUUCUCUCUUUUGACCAUGAAUAAUGAGAAAAUAUUUUAGAGGACGGCAAGAUUCGAACAAUCGGAGUCUCUAAUUAUGAAAUUCGACAUUUGGAAGAAAUUCGAGGAUUUGCAAAACAUCUUCCUGUUUUGAAUCAAAUCGAAUUACAUCCACAUUUUACGAGAAAAGAAUUGCGAGAAUAUUGUAGAUCAAAUGGAAUAAUUGUUCAAGCAUUUUCAUCGUUGGCGAGACAUAAUGAGCAACUUUUUGGAAGUGAAAUUGUUGGGAAGUUAGCGGAAAAGUAUGAAGUUCCUGCCACGGUUAGUUGGUUUAAAUUUGGUUUGAGAAAUGAUCUCAAUUGGGCGGAAGGGCUUAACUUCUGAUAAAAACUAAUGUAAUGAUUCGGCCAUGCUAAAAACGAUAAGAGUAACAAUUACUAUGAACGUUUGUGAGCCUCAUUUUGGAACUCCCAGCUUUUCAUUUUUAUUUUUAAUUAUUUUUUUUAUUUUAAUUUUUAUUUCGAUUCAUUUUCAGUCAAUAAUCCUUGCUUGGGCAACGAAUCAAAACAUUUUGAUAAUCCCAAAAUCAACAAAUUUCAAUCGAAUGGUUCAAAAUCUCAAUGUUCCUCAACUUUCAAUCCCUGAAAUCGAAGCUCUUUCUGAAUUAAAUAUUAACAAGAAUUAUGUUGGACGCACAACCGGUUGGCUAGUUCAAUAA